UAUUAGAAGCGCAGCCAGUGCGAAAGACGAGUCUAUUAACAGAGCAAACAGCCUAAAAGAACUGAAAGAAUAAGGGCGCAGCAGGACAGCGUGGAAGGAGGCAAAAUCCUUGGCAAAUCGAAUUGCUAAGCGGCUGCCAAUGAGACGACGCUACACACACUGCUGUCAGCAGGGCCAUCUACUGGAGCAGCAGCUGGUAACAGGAAGCUGGCUUAGCUGAAGCUGGAAGGGAAUCGAAACAGUUGGACGGUUUGGCAAAAGCCGAUUGAAAAUUUGCUAUAUUGACAUAAGGAAAUCGUUAGCCGGCUUAGCUAGCUGCCAGUUCGGCAGGCACAUUUAAAAUUAAAAAAUCCACCAACAAUAUAUACACGCACACGUAUAUAUGUAUGUCAAGGCAGACAAAGUGUUAUGCUAAUGCGAGUGAGUGGGCCAUGAAUAUAACAUGACUCAGGCAGCUAAGCUCAGCCAAGUGAUGACAAUAAGCCCUAAGAUGAGCAGCAGCAAGCUGGAAUAGAAAGACCUCGAGAGAGAGAGAGAGAGAGAGAGAGAGAGAGAGAGAGAGAAAGGCAAGAGUAGCUUAGAGAAAGCACAUUAUAGAUAUUAACCUAAAGAGUGAGAGAGAUUCUUGCACUGAAAUGACGGAGCUGAGACGCUUGGAAUCACUGCAUAAGCAGCAUUCGCUGCGCGGCGAACGUGUGCCACAUCCGAUGCUGCUGCAGCGCUCGCUGGCCGAUUUGGCCGGCUGCAGCUUGAGCAGCGGCGGCAACAGCGUGGCCAGCACCACCAGCAGCAGCACAGCCACUGCCACCACAGCGCUGCACCAACAGCAACAGCAACAGCAGCAGCAGCAGCAGCGCAACAUAGAGUUCGAUGAGCAUGACAUUUACUAUGUCUCGCCCUCUAAGCGAAAAUCGGGCGUGGCACCUGUUGGACCAGCGCUGCGGCCGGCCAAUGCCUACGAGGCGAACAAUAAUAUGAACGGCAAUCACAAUGUGGUCACCUUCUCGGAUUAUGUAAGCGAACGCGUUGCCUCCAUCAGCAGUUCGCAUCGUGGCUCGCUGAAGCGGGCCAAGGGCCGCAGCAAUCAGUCGCUCUGCAGCUGCGAUGCCGGCGACGAGGCGCAACUGCAGCCGGACGCAGCGCGUCCGCUGUACGAGUACAGUUUGGAGCGACGCCGCAAGACGCACACCUACACCUGUGAGCAAAACGCACAGAUACUCAUGAGACUGGAGCGCGAACGUAAUCGUAAAUUAUCACUGACUUCUAUUGGCGGAGGAGUCGGCGGAGGAGUCGGCGGAGGAGUCGGCGGCAGCCAGGGCACAGCCGAAUCGCAGCUAAGCGACACGCCCAGCUUGUCGGAUGUGGACAUCAUACCGCCWGUGCCGCCGCCGCCUGCGCUCAAACGGAACGGCAGCAUGCGCAGCCUGCGUCUGCUGCAACAGCUGCAACAGCAACAGCAGCAGCAGCAGCAACAAUUGUUGCCAUUAGCUGUCAACAAGAGCAACAACAAUUUGGCAAUGGGCAUGGCUCAGCUGUGCAGCAGCGAUCUGCUAGAGGACUGCACCAAGACGGCGCUCGAUGAUUGUGCAGCGACGUUGCUGAAGUGCGCCAACAGCGGCAAUAGCAACAGCAGCGCCAGCAGCAAUAUAAAUGUCAAGCCGGAUCUGUGCAAUGGCAAUAGCCACGCCCACAGCCUUAAGAAGUCACACAAGCCCAAGCACCCGCCCUUUGCCGCACACGAGGAGGACAACAUCUUUACGCCGCACUCCCAGAAAUCAGAUCCCAGUUUAUGUUUUGUGCCAGCCGCAGCCGCACCAACAGCAGCUGGAACAACAGGCAGCGCAGCAGCAACUAUUGCUGCCGCACCCAACAAAUACAAUACAAUCGGGCCGAGCAGCGAUUAUGCUAGGCACUUGGCCCACUAUAGCCGCUACCUGCAGAAGCAGCAUCAGCAGCAGCAAUUGGCUCACUUUCAGCAGCAGCGUUGUCGCUGCUUCUCCCAAUCGCUGCUCAACUUUCCAAUCAACCAACAGCAGCAGCAGCAGCAACAGCAACAACAGCAACAUCAGUCACAACAACAGCAACCAGACUCCAAGCCGAACCUGGGCAUUCUGCAGCAGCUGACAGAGCCGGCAGCACAUAUAUUUCACACCAGCAGCAUGGACUGGACGCUGCCCAUGAACAGUCGCAGCUUUGGCAAUUUGGUGGACAUUGAUGGCGGCUGCCGUGUGCCGUAUCAGAAAAUGCAACAAUCAUCGGCGCUGGCCUCCUCCAAUUUCACAAUGAACUCCUUCGAUAGCGCCAACAGCAACGGCAUACUCAAAGAGCGCGACUCGCAGUCACAUUUGCCAGCCCACGCCCACUCACAUCCACACAAUCAUCCACAUGGCCAUUCGCAUCAUUACCAUGCACACGAUGUGGCCCAUUCGCUGCUGCAUCAUGCGGCCGUUGGCGCCAGUACUGGCAUUCCGGCCACACCACAGAAACAUCAUCAGCUGCACUCGAGCGUCACGAGCAUCAUGCCCUGGAAGCAUCGACAGUGCCCCAGUCGCGGCUCAUCCAGUUCGGGCACUAACUCAUUCCGCUUCGAUGCGGCCAAGCAUUGGCUGGCAGUCAGCUCGAUACUCUUGAUAAUUGGCGCUGCCAGUGUGGCAGUGCCCCUGGCGCUACGUGUGGCUGCAAGUGCACCCUUUGAGGAGCGUUUGCGCGUCGCCGUACAGCUCUUGGAUCAAGUGCCUUUAAUCGAUGGGCAUAAUGACUUACCCUGGAAUAUACGCAAGUUCCUCCACAACAGACUCAACGACUUCAACUUUGAUGAGGACUUGCGCAACGUGGUGCCCUGGGCGCGCAGCCACUGGAGCCACACGGAUCUCACGCGUCUGAAGAAGGGGCGCAUAUCAGCGCAGUUCUGGGCAGCCUACGUGCCCUGUGAGGCCCAGCAUCGCGAUGCAGUGCAGCUGACGCUGGAGCAAAUUGAUGUGAUCAAAAGGCUAACCGAUCGAUAUUCGCCGCAGCUAACCACCUGUACCUCGGCGCAGGACAUCAUCGAUGCCCACAAGAACCAGCAGCUAUGCUCGCUGACCGGCGUCGAGGGCGGCCACUCGCUGGGUGGUUCGCUGGCUGUGCUGCGUACCCUGUACGCCAUUGGAGUGAGGUAUAUGACGCUGACAUCCACAUGCCAUACACCGUGGGCCGAUUCGAGCUACGCGGACGCGCCAACCUUCAACAUGAAGCACGGCGGACUCACUAUAUUUGGCAAGACAAUCAUACGCGAGAUGAAUCGGCUGGGCAUGAUGGUGGAUCUGUCGCACGUCUCCAAGGGAACCAUGCGCGACGCUCUCGAGGUGAGCGAGGCGCCGGUCAUCUUCUCGCACUCCUCUGCCUACGAGCUGUGCAAUACGAGCCGCAACGUGCAGGACGAUAUCCUGCAGUCGCUGGCCAAGAACGGCGGCCUCGUCAUGGUCAACUUUUACUCCAAGUUUCUCUCCUGCAGCGACAACUCAACGGUUCAGGAUGCAGUCGCGCAUAUUAAUCACAUUAAGCGCGUUGCUGGCAUCGAUCACGUUGGCCUCGGCGCCGGCUACGACGGCAUUAAUUACACACCCAAAGGCCUGGAGGAUGUUUCGUCAUAUCCCACAUUAUUCGCUGAGCUCUUAGGUGGGGGCUGGACUAUGGAUGAGCUGACUAAAUUGGCUGGGGGCAAUUUCUUGCGCGUCAUGCAGCAGGUGGAGAAGCUACGCGAUGAGAAGAAGGCCGCCGGACUGAAGCCCUACGAAGAUCAUCCCAAUUUCCGCACUGACGAUCCAUACAAUUGUACUUCCAGCUAAUUAAAUCUAAGCAUUAGAGCCAAGCAGGUUGUACAAUAGACCAGUUUAGUGAAGGUGCAUGCAACGAAAAUCUCUAUAAAUACAAAAUCUAUAUAUAUUUGGCUGCAUAUAAUAAAGUGAAUACACAUAGAAAUUAAUAUGGAAUAUUUAAAAAAUAAAUCAAUAAAUACAAUUGCAUUCUAGUUAUGUAAGAUAUGGCCUAGCUAUGGUUUGUAUAAGCUUUAAGUAUAUGUUCAUAAGACUAAGAGUAUUUGGCUAGUUAUUGCUAAGUUCUAACUAAACCUUUCGAAUUUUGUUGUUGUUAAGUUAUGAGACAAUCUACAGACUGCCAAGAGAAGCCACAACACCCACACUUUACAACAGAUCGUUGAGAUUUAUUUGAGAAACAAAUACCAAAAGGUUUUUUGCUGUCCACCCAAGCCAACUGCUCCGACCGCUCCUCCCAUAUGAAAUUCGCUAAAGAUUCCCCAAUGAGAACUUUCAACUGGACCAACAACAGAAAUAGAUCAAAUAUGAAAUACGAUAUAUGAAGAAUACAAUUACCAUAUGUUUCCGACUUGAUUCAUUUAGUUGUUUAUGUGAAAAACUACAUAUCAAGCGUGUAAUAAAUAUGAUAAAUAAAACUGAAUUAAUUUCUUAGAUUAAUGCUAAUGCAAAUAUUGAAGGAAGAUGAAGAAAAACAAGUGGGAAAGCAUACACUUACAUUGAAUAUUACAUUAUUAUAAUUAUUGUUAUAAAAAGUAUAUUAAGUAUUAAUAAAAUAUUUAGGAAAUUACUGAAAGCUAUGCGCAACUAUGGGGCGGGCAUUAAUUAAAUGUUUAUUAAACAAUUAGUUCAAUUUUUUAAGCAGUUGUAUAAACUCUAUACUGAACGGCAUAAAUAGCGUACCACAUACUAAAUUAGCACAAUAAGUUAAA